AUGAAGCGGAGGCAGGUUCAUGAAAACGAAGCAGCACCGUAUGGCGACAGGGCCCAACUUUAUGCUCUUUAUCAACUAUUUCAAAAUGAGCCCAACAUCGAGGACGUGGAUCUCGGGGAUUUCGAGAAAACUCAAAAAAUAUCAAAGAAUCAUAGGGAGGAGGAAAAGAAACACAAGUUCAAGAAGAACUUCGAGAAGAAGAAGAUAAGAGAGAUGUGCCCACCAUCUACCUAUUCUCGCCAACAUCUUUAUUCUCCAGCCAAUCACACAUUCCCUCAAUUAUAG